AUCUCCUAAUCUCAGAUCUGGUUUUUUCUUGGUUCUUUAUAAAUGUGUUUCUCCAAUCUCUCUCUCUCUGAAAUCGUUGAAGAAAUUUCAUGUGGUGCAGGUUUUUUUUUUUUUUUCUGUUAAAUUGUUUAGCUAUGCACUGUGUCUGUUAGAUGCGAUGAAGAAAUUUUUUCUGUCUCUCCCCAUCUCUCUGAAAUGCGAUGAAGAAAUCUCAUGGUUUUGCUUCAUGUAAUCGAUGUAGGCAUUGUGUUUGUUGCCUCUCUCUCUCUCUCUCUCUGUCUGUCUCUCUGAAAUCGAUGAACAGCUUCAUGUACUGCUGUGUUUUUUUUUUUUUGGACCAAAAUUGCCCAAACCCAAUAGCUUUCCAGGGAACAGCAUUAACCAUAAUGUUGUUAGUAGUCUUUCUAUUACUGUUGUGAUUGAUUUUUGUGAUUGCUUGUAUGUAAUUAGGAUUCUUUGGCUCAAACUGGUAGAGCACAUGGGGUAAUACCCAGGUAUGGUGGUUCGAAUCCACCAAGACUUGAUGUUCUAAAGUUGAAACCUUUAGUGCAUUAUUUAUAGUUCACCCGUCACCACCAUUGAAACAAAUGAAUUAAAGAAUAUCAUCUAUUGAUCAUUAAAACUGUAUGUCAACGCAAAUCAAUGACGAUCAUGGAUUUGAAAUAAGGGCCAUGUGGCACCACCUCAGAUAUUGAAGUUCUACAAAUUACAUAGAGCCCUUUGGCUUCCAAAAAACUUAAAAAAAAUUCUGCAUACCACUCGCAUCUAAUAUGGAGCAUCCGAUUGAAUCAACUAGGAUUUUUUAGAAAUUGUAAAAAGGCCCUUACAACUUUGGAAAAGAAAAGAUACAUAUACAUCCUUGUAGACAUAAAACCAACAUUGGAAGCUCUUCCAACUUGAUUUUUGAACAUUUUCGGAUCGAUCGUGUGGAAAAGGUCGUUUCUCCCUUAUAUAGACUCAGAAUUUGACGAAAUGACUUGUGUUGUGAUCACGACUCAAAGCUCUACAAACUUCCAGGUCAUCCCAUCAUCAAACUUUAUAAUUUAAAAUGAUAAAUUUCUCUUAAAAUUUCUGUUGGCCGUAUCUUCUUCAUCCAAUAUUGGAUCAAGGCAAAUUUAGAUGUGUUGGAAAGAUUAUGAUAUAAUAUACAACUUUGCUGAAGACGUAGAAGCUAAAAAAAUUCAUAUUCAAUGACCAAGUUUUCCUUGAACAUAAAUGGGUCAAGAUUCUCGAUAUCGAGCUCAGAAAUCCACAACACGUACCACUGCUGCACCCAUUGCUACACCCACUGCACUCAACCAACCUCUAACACUCCACUCAUCACUACUAUAUUAUAACUCUAACCAUACACUACCACGUCAUCACUUUUAACCACCUCAUUCAAUCAUGAGCACAUUGAAAUUACCAAAAUACCAUUAGUAAUGUGUAGUGGUGAUGAGUGGAGUGUUGGUUGGUUGAGUGACCAAACUCAUAACCAUAGUACCAGUCUCAUGACAAUUGGCUAGAGGAACUUUGCAAGUUGUACUCACUGUUUUUUAUGUUGUAUAGUGACCAAACUACCCCUGAUGACACUCUUCUGUACACCUCAUCAAGCACUAUGGGACCAUAAUUGAUACUCUCUACUGAUGCCCUACCAUCUUUGAUACUAUGCUAGAUCACUAUAAUCACUAGUAUGUCACUCUACGAGUUGUACUGCUCUGUUUACGCAGACUCUACUGUGUUGAUAACACCAUAUGUACUGUGUGUACAAUAUGAUCCACUUUGAUAUUCCGCUCAACCAAAUUUUUAUUGACCGCUAGAAAACUAGAAGAACAAUGCCAAGAGGAAAAAUUCUACUUUCUUGGAGCAUUUAGGCUGUGUUUGGUAUGCAUUCUUGGAAUAGAUACUAGAUCUACAACACUUCAAAGUUUAAAAAAAAAAGGAUUUCAGAAUUCAUCCAGCUUGACUAGUUCGGCAGGUCUAUACUUACCCCACAACUGCAUGGACUGGGUCAUACUGAGAUUCAAUAAGAACCAUUCAACUUUCAUCGAAAAGUGAAGAGCACUAAACACCCCCAUGUGAGUGGCCCCAAGGAGAUGAGAGGAGUCAAACACAUGUAGCACCUUAGGGGAAUCAUCCGAGCCGAUCCAUAAAUACGUUCUAAACCCAAAAUCUAUUAUGAGAGUGCAUUCCAAAUAUAGCAUUGGAGACUAAAUUUCCUUCUAAGAACAAUAGUUUGGAUGAUGAAUGAUAUGGAGUAAGACUUGGCUGUAAUUUUCUACAGUUUAGGUUGGUUUUUAUGGUUACCCAUUAAUGGGCUUGGGCUCUUAGCACAACCCACUAAAGUUAAGCUCAUUGCUCACUUUGAGCAAACAAGAGUUUAUUAUCUCAACCCCCACUGAAACCUCCCAAGUCUCAAAACUAAACCGCAGGGACCAUAGAAGAGGAGCCACCGUCACUGCCGCUGCUAUCUCCGAACCUGUUUUGUCACCGGCAGUCGCCAUUGCCCCUGCAAAUAUUCAAUAACCGACAGAGAAUCUCUCUCUUUCUUUGUUGGGAAAGUCAGCUGCAACUGAUGAGAAGCGAACAGAAGAGGAACUGAAUAGCCCCUCAGAUGCCUUGAAACUUCAGCUAGUACGGGCACAUCACUUGGCUUUCUUUUGAGUUAAAGUAGGAUGGGCCCAAAAACUUAUUGAUUCUUGGCAAUCAGUCACUUUGGACAAGAGGGCAAAAAUGAUUUGAUGAUGCCUUUCUGAUCUGCAUUUUGGACUAUUUGGGAGGAGGAUUAACAGCAUGCUUAGAGGUUGGAUGAGAACUUUUCAACAGGAGAUUGAUAUCAUGUUACUGCUGGGUGGGCCUCUAGUUUGGAGGAUUUUGGCAGUAUUUAUGGUCCUUUAUUUUUGAGACACUGGGAGCUUGUGGCUCCUUCUAGAGAGGUUCCAGUGCAGAUUCAGCUGUCUGGCGCCCCUCUUCAUAAUGCCAUCAAACUGAUCAUGGAGCGCUGUUCACUAGGUAACCUUGGCAUAUCAGGUGUUGAUGGGGCUUUUAGAGAUUAUGGAGGGAUGUCCUAUAGCCUACUCUUGUUCUACGCCAAGCAGAUAGUGGGAAUCGGCUGAUUUGAAUUGGAAUUGGGGUCAGCCGAUUCUGAUCACUAUGGGAUUCUGGAGCGGUGCAAUGGAUUGGGUAGGAUCAUUGGAUCAGGCUGGGAAUUGGCUGAUCUGAUGCCUUCAGAUGCGUGCAUGCCACGUGGUGACUUCUCAGGAUUCUUUAUUAAAAGGGAAGUUUGGGAAGAACCGAGGGAGAGGAAGAUGCCACAUGGAGAGCCAUCAAGGGUUUGGAAGUCUCUCUUUCUCAUGGUUUGGUGGACACUCUUAUGACAGUGGCACUCAGAUAUCAUCAUCUAAUUAGGAAGGCCAUGUCCUUGUCUGCUCAAACAAGUUUUUCAUUCUCUUGGAAGAUGAGGUCUGCAAAUACUUUAGCUGACAAACUAACAAGGAGAUAUAGAUGCUGUCAAAGAACACCAUAGAAGAGCACAGGAUCAGAUUUCUUGCUCCAUUCAAGAUUUGAGAGUAAUACAAUUUUUGCCUGCAACAACUAUUCAGCCUUGGCGGCAGACGGGUGAUUCAUUAUAGUUAUCAUGUCUGAAAAUAAAAUGCCAAACCCAAAGAUCAGCAAAUCAAGCCACCUACCUAGGAAGCGUUUCUACAGAGCACGAGCGCACAGCAACCCACUGAGUGAUUCCCACUUCCCAGUCCCCAUCACACCUUCACAGGUAGAUUAUUCCCUCCAUUAUCCACAUUUCUUCGCAUCAAAUGAAAUCAGUGAUGACAAUGGUGAUGUGACCGGCAUACACCAAGCACCAUCUCCCACUGACUGUUCAAAAAGAAUCCAGUUUGCAGACAUUGGUUGUGGCUUUGGAGGCUUGCUUGUCAGCCUAGCAACACUCUUUCCUAAAACUCUAAUGAUUGGAAUGGAGCUUAGGGAUAAAGUAACAGAAUAUGUCCAUGAACGGAUCUUGGCCUUGAGGGAAGCGAACCCUGGACAGUACCAAAACAUCUCUGUGGUUCGGACCAAUUCGAUGAAAUAUAUUCCAAAUUUCUUCCAGAAAGGGCAACUGCUGAAAAUGUUCUUCUUGUUCCCGGAUCCUCACUUUAAGGAGAAGAAUCAUCGUCGUCGAGUGAUAAGCCCACACUUGCUUGAUGAGUAUGCUUACACACUUGAAGUAGGCGGUAUGAUAUACACAAUUACUGACGUGGAAGAGCUUGGGGAUUGGAUGAAGACUUGUUUGGAGGGUCACCCUCUCUUUGAAGCACUCACAGAAGAAGAGCUUAAAGCUGACCCAGUGGUGAAGCUCUUGACUUCUGCUACAGAGGAAGGGCAGAAGGUGGCUCGAAAUGGAGGUCAGACUUUUCAAGCAGUUUACAGACGCAUAGCAGCCCCUCAGGAAGAUAGCGGGUGAAUAGAAAUGGAAGAAUGGUGAAACUAGGGUCUUUGGUAAGAACUGAAAGAUGGCACUGAAGGCAGGUCCAGACAGAUUGAUUGGAAUGGAUUAGCAUGUGAUAGCUACAGGAAACAAUUACAUUACAAUGUUUCCAGCUAUAUAGUAGCCUACAUAUGCAUUGAUCUGCAUUGUCUGGGUUUGCCAUUUCCCUUUUUACAGAUUGCUAAUUUUUGUUUUAUCAAUUAAGAACCAUAAUAACUGAGAGUUUUGAUAUUUAUUACUCUGUUUUAUAA